AUGUCCAACGAUUCCCCCGGCCGCAAACGCAGCUUCACCAACUGGCUGAAGCCCAAAAAGUCGCGCCAGACGCUACGCAAGCGCGGCGCCGAGUCGCUGAUGUCCGCCAGCACCACUACGCUCGCCAGCGUGCACACCAGCUACUACCGCCCCUCGUACGAGCACGAGCCAGUGCCUCCGCUGCCCAUUGCACCCUUACAAGCCCAUCGCGAGAAAUACCGAGACGCGACAUCGCGCAUUGAUACUCAGCUCGGCGAGAAUCGCGAUUAUACGGCGAUUCUGCACGCGCUGAGCCUGCAAGAGACGUUUGAUGCCAACGACGUGAGACGGACCGGGCGGGACAACCGGCCACCGGGAGACAAAGCCAUUGCAAGUCUCAGUUGGCAAUUAUGGCGCUGUAUUACAGACUAUCUCGAUCCCAAGUCGACGGUGUGUCUGGCGCUGGCCAGCAGAACCCUCUAUCGCCGCCUCGGCCGACGUCCGUUUACCAUGCUUGAACUUCCGGAGAACUACGGCUACAAAAUCGAGUUUUUGAAUCUGCUAGAUGUAUACCUGCCCCAUCAUCUGCUGUGUUUCCCCUGCGGAAAAUACCACCGGCGCACGCAAGAAGGCCAGGAAAAGUUACAGUCAGCACGCGUGCUGAAUCCGCUCUUCGCAUGUCCCAAUGAGCGCAACAUGGUACGCCGGCCGCCGCGCCAUCGCAUUGCCCACGGCCGGAACAUUCCUUUUGCUUUCGUACAGCUCACCACGCGUGCCCAUCGCUUCUCGCCGCGAUACGGCAUCCCGGCCGACUCGCUGGGCCGCCGGUGGAAGCACGACGAGUGGACGCUGGCCACGCGAUACUACGUGCAUGAAGGCCGGCUGCUGAUGCGGGUCAUCAGCCAGCGAUUCGCCCCGUGCGGGCUGCCUCCCAGUGGAAAACGUUUAUUACUCUACUCGCGCGACGACUACUGGCCGUUCUUCUCGGCGUGCGCGCACUGGCGUGACGGCGAGCUGAUGAACGUGUGCAAAUGCGCGCUCGACCAUGUGCCUGUGCCGCGCGACACUGGCGGCUUGCAGGGCAUCGAGGGCAAAUUCAAGGACGCCAUCCGGCCCGGAACUCGCAGCGACAACUCGUUUGGUAUCCCCAGCCAGUGCAGCCGGUGCCAGCCCAUGCGCCGCUGUCCGUUUUGCCCGACUGAAUACCAGAUCGAGAUCAAGCUGGCCGAGGACCGGCGUGACCCGCGCGCUGUCAGCUUUCGCCAUGCCCUGGUGGUGACGCGUUGGAGCGAUUUGGGGGACGGCUCAACACCAAGCUUGUCGCAGGAAUGGGCGGCGUGCAAUGGAGAGACGGACGAGUACGACUCGUUCAAGAGGCUGGGGAAGCGUGCCAUCUCGGGCAUUUUCGAGUCGGCGUUUACGCACGAUACGAUUCCUGGGCGGCGCAUCAUCUCGAUGAACCCGGACAACAAGAGGGGUGGCGAGAAGCGCAACGACUGGUAUUGA